AUGAGUCAUGAUUUCAACGAAACCAGCUCGUUGCUCUCGAGACGUCCGUCUCAUUCCUUUCUAGAUGCACCAAUCGGUUCAUUCAAGGGCCCCAAUUCACUUCACAAUUUUGCUAGUUCAUUUACUCGUGCCCAGUUCUUCACAGCAUCGAAAAUCGAUAACGAUAUCCAUAAAAAGCGGUCAUUUUUCACCGACAACCCGUCGCCGAGAACAAACAGAGAUGGCGAAUUCCCCGAGGAUGAGACUUUUGACCCGGAGUUUAUGGUUCCCUCGUAUCGUGGCGAGAGGUUGAGUUCAGUGGUUACCGAUAUCCACAAUAGAAACCAGUUGUUCAUGAAUAACACCCCGAUGGAUUUGGAUAGUGCCUUGAGUCCCAACAAUGAGGUGUUUUACCACGAUGAUAUUGUCAAUGCCAUAAACGACUCGAGGUCAAGGCAUGGGAGCACCGAUUUUGCAGGUGUCGGUAUACCUAUUGGGCGUAGCAGGAAGAAAUUUGCGCAGCCUAGUUUCUCAAGCUUCAGAAGUUCCAUUAGUCAAGCUACAACUGCAUCGCAAGUCUUUUUAAAGAAAAUCGAAGACGGCGAAGGGAAUAUAGUUACGGUGUUGGCGGGCCAGUCUACUGUGCCUCAAACAAUCUUCAAUUCGGUGAAUGUGUUGAUUGGUGUCGGGUUAUUGGCUUUGCCCGUGGGGUUGAUGAAAGCUGGGUGGGUGUUGGGUGUGCCCAUCUUGUUGGCGUGCGGCUUGAUCACCUAUUGGACUGCCACUUUGCUAAGCACGGCCAUAAACACAGAUGACACGAUCAUGACCUAUGCCGACUUGGGCCACGCGGCAUAUGGGUCGACUGCAAAGUUGAUUAUCUCGUUGUUGUUCUCGGUAGAUCUCAUGGGUGCCGGAGUCUCCUUGAUCAUCUUGUUCAGCGACUCCUUGAAAGGUGUUAUAAGCGAUGACGACACCACCACCAAGUUGAUCACAUUUUGCAUCCUCACUCCAUUUACCUUUUUGCCAUUGCCCAUUUUGUCGAUUUUCUCACUCUUGGGGAUCCUAUCAACUAUUUCCAUCACGUUAUUGGUUAUGUUAUGCGGGUUGUUGAAGCAAUCUUCGCCUGGCUCGUUGAUCCAUGCCAUGCCGACUAACUUGUGGCCUUCUUCAACGGCGAACUUGCUUCUCGCGGUGGGGAUCCUUAUGGCGCCAUUUGGCGGGCAUGCAAUUUUUCCCAAUUUGAAAAGCGAUAUGCGCCAUCCAUACAAAUUCACCCGGUCGUUGCGCUACACCUAUUUCAUUACCUUGGCCACGGACACGUCGAUGGCCAUCAUUGGGUUCUUGAUGUUUGGAGCCAAGUGCAGCAAUGAAGUUACCAACACCUUGUUGGAAACCAAAGGGUACCCAAGCUGGGUGUACCCUUUGAUCAGCGGGCUCAUAUGCAUCAUCCCUUUGGCCAAGACCCCACUCAAUGCCAAGCCAAUAAUCUCGGCGUUGGACGUUUUGGUUGGUGUUGACCAAGUGGCCAAGACCAGCUUGAGGGAGUCCGUUAACGCAGUGGCGAAAUUUCUCAUUCGAGUAGGCGUAAAUGCCGUGUUUGUCCUUUUGGCCAUUGUGUUUCCCGAGUUUGAAAAAAUCAUCGGCAUCUUGGGUGCUUCCAUCUGUUUCAUCAUUUGCAUCAUCUUGCCCUGCUUGUUUUAUUUGAAAUUGUGUGGCAGCAAGAUCGGUGCUUUCGAAAAGAGCUUUGUUGUUUUUGUCAUUGGUGUCAGUUGCAUCUUGGCUGUUUUAGCAUCAUGGGCUGUUGUAACUUACUAG